AUGUGGACACAAAUUAUUGGAAGUUUUACUAUAAUUUCUUUAUUACAAGGUAGACUUACGUCAUCAAGCUGCAUCAUUGACACAGUUCAAAAUGCAACUUGUGACUUUGAAACAGGACCAUGUGAGUACCAACUUUCGAAACCUUGGGUGCUUGUAUCGACGUAUACGGACAUGCUGUUUAAGAGCAUUCCUUCUGCACAUGGCGGCGGCAAAACAUUUGUUGUGUUUAACUCUAGUUCAGCGGACAACGGGAAUGCUUCAUCUUCAAUUAUCGACAAAGGGGAAUACUGUCUAUCAUUUUGGCACUUCUUCACCGGAAGCAUCGUGCAUUUGAUAUCGGAAACAUCCUCCGGGAACAAAUUAGCUGAUAUUCAAAACGGGAAACGGUCAUGGAAGCAGUUCUCUGCCACAAUAAAAGAACUAAAUUCGUUUAAGGUUAUAUUUAGAAUUAUCAAAGGGAAUGGACUUUUUGACAAAUUUGAAACAGUUGGGAUUGAUGAUAUUGUCCUUGGUGUUGGCCCAUGUACUCCAGCAAACACUAGUACAUCCUCAUUUGACCCAAAGUCCAACAGCAGUGAGAUGUAUUUAAAAGAAAGGUGGCACAUUAAAAACGGAACAUUUCAAUUUCAUGCUGUGUCCAUUUCCCCACGAACUGGUUCAAGUACAGGUAAAAAUUUGGUUGACAUCCUUUUCUUUAGUGUUCUAUAG